AUGAGCCGGCAUCAAGACAGGCGCCCGCCAGCACCACAAGAAAAAGCCACGAGUUUAAUAAGCCUCUUUCCUACCAAGUUUAUGAAACCAGGGACACCUAGGAUUUUAAGUCCACUCGAACAUCUACCUACAGAUAUAGCGUACAUUGUGGUUCAAAAUCUAGCGAAAGGAGAUCUAGGCAACCUUGCGCGUUGCUCUAGUGUCUGUCAUGACUUCACUCUUCUUUUACGGCUGAGACGUAUUAUUCUUACAUCCGAUGGAGUUCGAGCGUUUCGAGAUGGUGGGAAGUAUGAAAUGUAUAGGAAAUACGUUAGGUGUGUUCGGUUUCCAGACCCUUCUGAGUGGGAUCCGGAUCCGGUUUGGAAUGAAGACGAGGAAAUUCGAACAUAUAGAGAUCCUAUGAUCCCAGCCUUGAGAACAUAUACUUCGUCUCUCGAUUACUUCCCCGAUAUAACGGAGUUACAUAUUUCUUACAAGAUCCCUGCAGCAGCAGAGGGUAAUGCUUUCGUAGCCGUCUACGCCAGCAUAUCGAAACAACCAUUCUACCAAAACCUCAGAAAACUAGAGUUCCUCGUCGAGAAAACACAAGAUAUGGCUUGUUAUUGGACAGGAAAGGAGUUAAUUUCUGAGUAUUUUCGACUGGGGAAGGAUGAUCGAGAGUUCUUGGGGAAUCAAAUUCUGGAAGAAGAAGAUGUUAAUAUAGCUAUAAGGCGGUUGGUAGUACCGGCACCUUCGUUGAAGAGUGCUGCGAUUUCGGUGACCGGUAUCGCACGUCCUUGGGAAGUUUUGUGGAUGGGGAAACAAAAUGGUCUAUUUUAUUAUUAUCCAUUUUUUCAGGCACCGAAUUUGGUGGAACUGGUUGUUAAUGUGAAGGGAAGUGAUGGGCCGGAGGGUUCGAGGAGUAAUUCUCGAAGCUCUUUGGAUAUGACGCAGUUAAAGGAACUGAACAAUCAGACUUUGAGAUGA